GGGUCUCUAUGCCUCUGGGGGGGUGACACCAUUAAGUGCCGCACCGGGUGACACCCGACCUCGCUACGCCACUGGAUGUUGAUACACUCUGACCAGCGAAUCACGGUCGUGUUGCAGUAAACAGGAAGAUUUCAGAAAAUGAACACCCCCAUUCUAAUCGCUUUUGCCGCUUCCUUGGUGCUGCUUAGCUAUACAUCAGCUAGGAGCGUGGAUGGAUUGGACUCGGAGUUGAAACGAGCUUUUGACGAGGUGUUUUCUCAAAAUCUCAAGAGGGCAUUCGAUGAGACCACUUCGGCAUUGGAUGGGUCAAAACGUUCUGGGGAUCUACAACGCCGUGGUUUCUGGAAAAAUCUCUGGAACGGCAUCAAGACGGUGUGGAACGAGAACAAAGGUGCCAUCAUCGACUCAGCUAUUGGUUAUGUGAAAACUCUAAAGAAAGAAGACCAGCUUCCUGUAGAGACAGAAGGCGACGAUGGAAACAACGACGAGGGUGAUGAAGAGGAUUAGGACGAUGAAGAGAGUGAAAAGGAGUUUAUUGAAUUCCUACAAAUCGUGAAUGGUCAAUAGAAAGAAAAAAUCUUUGCUUCAAUUUACAAAAUGUUGCGGUUUUUAAAUUUUAAAUUUGAAGGAUCAAAAAAUAGUUGAUGUAAGUCGACUUUUGUUUGGAGUUUGUAACAAACGUUUGAAAUAAAUUAAAUCAUACACAC